AUGGCUGACAAAAUGGCUCUCCCUCUUCUCCUCCCUAACCCACCUCCCUCCUCCUCUAAGCCCUUCUUCCCCAACCACCACCAAACCCAAAACCCAUCUCCACCACCACCUCUCCCUCCACCUCCACCACCACCCAUCACCCCAAUUCUCCAUGAACUCCUCUCCUCCCCACAAUCCCAACACCCCUCUUAUCCCAGAAGCCGCACGCGCAUCGGCCGCUCGCGUGACUCCAACCGCGGCAAGCCCUGGUCCCACCACCGUCUCUCCUCCCAAGGUCAGCACAUCCUAGACUCCUUAAUCAACUCACCCUUUGACUCCUCUAAGCUAGAUGAACAGCUUCAUAGUCUAGUUGAGUUGCAUAGAGAUGAGUUCGGGUCUAGCUUGGAUUCUUUGUCUUUGGAUGUUCUGGGUAUUGUUAAAGGCUUGGCUUUUUACAAGAAAUUCGAGCUGGCUGUGAGUGUGUUUGAGUGGUUCAGGAAGCGUGAUGAUUGUAGCUACAUUUUGAGUGGUUCUGUUGUGUCUGUGGUUAUUAGCAUUCUUGGGAAAAUGGGCCGGGUUUCGAGUGCCGCUUCGUUGUUUAGGAGUUUACAUAAGGAUGGAUUUGAUCUUGAUGUUUAUGCUUACACCUCUUUGAUUACUGCUUGUGCUAGUAAUGGGAGGUACAGGGAGGCGGUUUCGGUUUUUAAGAAAAUGGAGGAGGAGGGGUGCAAGCCCACUUUGAUAACUUACAAUGUGGUUUUGAAUGUGUAUGGGAAAAUGGGUACUCCUUGGCAUAAGAUAAAAGCUAUUGUUGAGGGCAUGAAGAGUGCCGGGAUUGCCCCGGAUUCUUAUACUUAUAACACGCUGAUAACUUGUUGUCGGCGGGGGUCUUUGUAUGUAGAGGCUGCUGAGGUUUUUGAGGAGAUGAAAGCAGCAGGGUUUGCACCUGAUAAGGUCACGUAUAACGCGUUGUUGGAUGUUUAUGGGAAGUCUCGGAGGACUAAGGAAGCAAUGGAGGUGUUGAAAGACAUGGAGCUUAAUGGGUUUUCCCCAAGCAUUGUGUCUUACAAUUCAUUGAUAUCAGCUUAUGCAAGAGAUGGUUUGUUGGAGGAAGCAAUGGCCCUGAAAAGCCAGAUGGUGGAAAGGGGGAUUAAACCUGAUGUUUUUACCUACACCACCCUUUUCUCAGGAUAUGAGAAGGCUGGGAAGGAUGAGGCUGCAAUGAGGGUCUUUGAGGAGAUGAGAGGUUCUGGUUGCAAGCCAAACAUUUGUACCUUUAAUGCCCUUAUCAAGAUGCACGGAAAUAGGGGAAAGUUCACAGAAAUGAUGAAUGUUCUUGAAGAGAUAAAUGCAUGUAAGUGCACCCCGGAUAUUGUUACUUGGAAUACACUUUUGGCAGUAUUUGGCCAAAAUGGGAUGGACUCAGAAGUGUCGGGGGUGUUCAGAGAGAUGAAGAGGGCAGGAUUUGUACCUGAGAGGGAUACUUUUAACACCCUAAUCAGUGCAUACAGCCGAUGUGGUUCUUUUGACCAAGCCGUGGAGGUGUAUAAGAGUAUGCAAGAAGCUGGAAUUACCCCAGACCUUUCCUCAUAUAAUGCUGUUUUGGCAGCAUUGGCUCGAGGUGGGCUUUGGGAACAGUCUGAGAAAAUACUUGCUGAAAUGAAGAAUGGUCGUUGCAAACCCAAUGAGCUUACAUAUAGUUCUCUUCUCCAUGCUUACGCCAAUGGCAAAGAAAUGGAACGCAUGCAUAUCUUGGCUGAAGAAAUAUACUCUGCUGUAAUUGAACCGCAUGCUGUGGUCUUAAAGACACUUGUUCUUGUUUUUAGUAAGAGCGACCUCUUGUUGGAAACAGAACAUGCCUUCUUGGAACUGAGAAAGAAAGGGUUUUCACCUGACAUAACUACACUGAAUGCCAUGUUAUCAAUAUAUGGUCGGAGGCAGAUGGUCUCAAAAGCAAGUGAGAUAUUGAGAUUCAUGAAUGAAAUGGGUUACACUCCUAGCUUGACGACAUACAAUAGUGUGAUGUAUAUGUACAGUCGCUCAGAAGAUUUUGAGAAGUCGGAAACUUUUCUAAGGGAGAUUAUGGAGAAGGGAAUAAAGCCGGAUAUAAUUUCCUACAAUACUGUUAUCUAUGCUUAUUGUAGAAAUGGUCGUAUGAGAGACGCUUCACGGAUAUUCUCAGAGAUGGGUGCUUCCGGGAUUUCUCCAGAUGUAAUCACUUACAACACCUUUGUGGCAAGUUAUGCAGCCGAUUCAUUGUUUGUUGAAGCCAUUGAUGUGGUACGGUACAUGAUUAAGCAUGGGUGCAAACCUAACCAGAAUACAUACAACUCCAUUGUAGAUUGGUACUGCAAGCACAAUCGACAAGAUGAGGGAAAGAAGUUUGUUGACAACCUUCGCGAACUUGAUCCACAUAUUGCGACGGGGGAGGACAGCAGAUUACUAGACCGUAUUAGAAAUAAAUGGUCAUAACUUUCUUCUAUGAAUGGGUUGGCCGGUUGAGUGGCAUGUCCUUAGCUAUAGACACUUCAAUACAUCAAGUCCUUCCUCACCUAUUUUAAUGCUCAUGCUGUAUCCUGUUUGAGCAUGGAGGCGAGAACGGGUCAUGUAAAAUGUCGUUGUACACGAUUCUGUUCUCUGAAACACAGUAGCUGUAGAAUAUUGUGAAUAUGUUGUUGUAUACAAUUUUUUUCAAUAUAUACGGUCUGCGGCAGAUGUUGUAUAGCUAGUAGAGGAAUGCUGCAUAACUACUUCAAGGUAUGUACAAUUAGACUCUUCAUCAAUCCUGGCUUGCCAAUAUCUGCAGCUAACCUGUACGUGGUUGCUGUAGAAUGUAGCUUGUUAUAUAUUAUAAUUUGAUGGCUAUUUUGUGCCGUAUCUCAAACAAUGAAACAUAUCAUUGCCUGACCUUUAUAUAAGAG